AUGGUUUAUUUAUUUGAUCCGCCCGCAUUUUUUAUCCUCUUUAGAGAAACCAUUGAAUACUCUAUAAUUCUCGCUGUGCUUCUCAGUUUUAUCAAUAAAAUUGUCCCGGAAGACAAUCAUGAGCUGAGAAAGACAAUGAGAAGACAGAUAUGGAUUGGCACUGCUGCCGCCCUUGUCCUCAUUGUUGUCAUUGGUGUUGUCUUUAUCUCUAUUUUUUAUACCGUUGCUUCCAAUCUUUGGGAAAAUAGCGAAGACAUUUGGGAGGGAAUUUUUUCACUGUUUGCUGCCGUUGUUACCUUUAUAAUGGCAUUUGGCAUGAUAAAAGCCAAUCAAUGGAAAACCAAAUGGGAAGGCAAAUUGAAGGAAGCUACUGAAAAAUAUCUCGAUAAACACCAAAAGGGGGAAAAGUGGGCUUUGAUCAUUCUCGCGUUUACAGUUGUCGCCAAAGAAGGUCUCGAAGCCUUUGUGUUUAUCGCUGGAAUUGGUUUCAACAGACCAGCGUAUAGUCUUCCUAUACCCGUUAUUACUGGAACUCUUGCUGGGCUUGUCGUUGGUUACGCUAUCUACAAAGGAUCGAAUGUCAUGUCUAUGAAUAUCUUCUUUAUGAUCAUGACUACGUUUUUGUUUUUUAUUUCUGCUGGAUUAUUUACAACGUCUGUGCACGCAUUUGUUGAAGCGACGGAGGGGGAUGAUGAUGAGGGUGACGGUGACGAAAUUGUCUUGUGGAAUUUAAACUGCUGUAAUGAGGACACAAACCGUGGUUGGGAAAUCGCCAACGCAUUGUUUGGUUGGAGACAUAUAGCUACAUUGGACACAACGCUUGCGUAUUGUGCAGCGUGGAUAGCUAUAUUCUCUGGGUUGAUCUUUGUUCAUUACAAGGACAAAAGACAACGCGCGCGGGUUGAAAAGGCUGUAAUCAAUGAUGUCGAUAAAGAAUUUGAUUUAUCACCAUAA